AUGGAGUCGUGGGAUUUCGACAUCGUGAAGGCAGAGAAAGCCAGCGCCAUGCGGACGUACAACCGCCUCCGCACUGCCGCAAAGCUCCUUCUCUCCGCGGAAAUUGGCGCCGGCGUCCUCUUCCUCUCCUGGACAUUCGCUCGCCUUCCCUUCGCCCUCACCCUCUCCCUCAACUACUUCCUCCUCCUCUCCGGCGUCGUUUCGAGCCCCCUCUUCGUCUUCCUCCUCUGCCACGCCAUCAUCGCCUCUUUAGUCCUCAAGUCCCGCCACUUCAGCUCGGCCGAUAGUAAUAACAACGCCGUGGAGGCCGAACUCUACGCGGGGUUAGUCGAAAGCAGCGCCGUCGGAACGGACAGUAGUACGAAGUCUCGUUUAGAAGACGACGUCGUCGUCUCGCGCGGGGGAGACGAGGUUGUGUACCAGGACAAGCAAACCGUUUCGGAGGUGAACUCGGCAGAUCCUAAACAGGAAACCGAGUCGAACUCGGACUCAGACUCGGAGAUUACGAAGAAGAUUCGGAGGACGAAAUCGGAGAAGUUUGAGAGGGAACGAAAAUCGGAGAAGCUGCGCAGAUCGGAGACGGAUAUUGGCCGGAAAAUCGCGAGGCCCGGCGAGGAACGUGUGGGGGAAGAUACGGAGGAGGAGGACGAUUUGAGCAACGAGGAGUUUCAGCGUUCCAUUGAAGCUUUCAUCGAGAAGCAGCUGAAUUUUCGUCACCAGGAGUCUGUGGCCAUUGUUCUUCAGAACCGGAGCCAAUAA